AUGCCGUGCUUUCGAUAUGGAACUUUAUUUGUCUGGUCACGGCGCGAGGCCAUCGCUCGCCCCAUGCCCUCCUCCUCCCCCGCCAUCAUUUUUUUCGGCUGGAGUAAUGCCCUUUACAUGACCAUAAUCGUGCUGCAAAACAGUCUAAACCUAUCCUUCCGGUCAAGUUUACCCGACCUCCUCCUCCCCACCCUGCGAUUCCUGAGUAACCUUGCCGGCGAUUGGGCCUUGGUUUUAUUGUUCCUCGCCAUCCACGCCGUUGUCUUCAACCGCGAAACCGCGCUGCACAAAGCCACGGAGGGUAAAUCGGGAGGCCACCAUCCUGCACUCAUCGCUCUGCACGUGACCUUUGCGUCGCUCUUGUUCAUACUGGGCACCGCCGCGGAGGGGUAUACUUUUGACACGAAUGUCAAAUUCUACAACACGACCCAGUUCAGGGGGACGCGCGGUCGUCAGGCACUGCGGAGUCGUAUCAGCACGGGAAACAGUCUAUUCUAUGCUUUCCAGAGCUUCGUUAUCCUCUCGUUCAUCGAUAUCCUCGCCACAUCGAUCGUUCUUUGGCGGGGGUGGAGGAGGGCGGGAAUUUCAGACCGCGUGACUAAUGUCUUGUUCUAUGUCAUUACUCCGCUGUAUUGCUUCAUGGCGCUGUUCACAAUGAUCUUCACUAUCGUGUUCUCGCCAAACGGGCUGCCUGACAGCGCGUCCCUCAGCACCCUGGAGAGCGCCAACCUCGCCAGCGUGCUGCUCACCACACUCUGCUCGAUCGGUAUCAUCAUCGUCAUUCUCGUUGCGAGCGUGAAGAAGGGUUGGUGGGGCGAAGACGAGUUCAAGUACCCGCCUCAACAACAACUUUGGGUGCCGCAACAGCCGCAAUACGUCUACGCGACUGCUCCGGCUCCAGGCGCACAGCCACAACCGGGCUACUCUGUUCCACAGCCGGCAGUCACGCCGGCCGGUUAUUACGUAUCACCGGCGCAGACCGGCAUGCCACAGCCGGCGCUGUUGCCGCCGAUGGCACCGGGCCCGGCAUCGCCAUAUUCAUAUUCGAAUUCGUCGCCAUCGUCUCCCGGUCCAAUGGAGAGCACUGUUGGCGGGUACACGCCGCCGCAUUCAGAACAGGGAGUGCAGCCAGCGAAACCGGGCAAGGGAGGGAUGCAUUUGGCGACCAUCUAA